ACAAAAUAUUCUGAUUAGAUUGAGAAGUUCUAACAUUAAAUUUUUAGGGGGCUUAAAGAAAAAAGGAGAAAGACCAUCGGCAGUCUGAAAUGGAGAAUCUUUUGGGUCUUCUGAGAAUACGAGUCAAGAGAGGUGUUAAUCUCGCCGUUCGUGAUGUUCGCAGCAGCGACACCUACGUUGUCGUCGAGAUGGCUAAACAGAAAUUGAAGACCGGAGUUGUAAAAAAGGAUGUUAAUCCUGAGUGGAAUGAAGAUUUAACUCUUUCUGUUGCUGAUCCUAAUCUUCCUGUUACACUGACUGUCUAUGAUCACGACACGUUCAGCAAAGAUGACAAAAUGGGAGAUGCAGAAUUUGAAAUCAAACCAUUUCUAGAGGCUCUCAAGAUGAACUUAAGUGGCCUCUCAGAUGGCACCAUUAUUACAAGAAUACAACCGUGCAGAUCUAACUGCCUGUCCGUAGAGUCUAAUGUUGUAUGGAAAGAUGGGCAAGUUGUGCAAGAUAUGUGCCUAAGAUUGAGAAAUGUGGAAUGUGGAGAGGUCGAACUUCAACUUAAGUGGAUCAACCUUCCUGGUUCCAAGGGUUUAUAGAACACACUGUGUGCAUAGACAUCUGGCUGCAGUUGGCUGCAGUCUAUGAACUGGUUUGUGCUCUCACAACUGAUCUCUGGCUGUGAUAAAUGGAGAUUGUUUUGUUAUAUAGAAGUUCAACUAAGUUACCUUUGCACACUGCACCAAUCUGUUGUGACUUGUGCUUGUGCAAGGUUUCUAGCUUAUCGAAUAUUUGGUUUGAAUAUUCUCUUCAAAUUUAUAUGUAUCGCUAUAGUUAUAUAAGGUAAGUACUCAAAUAUACAGGUCAGCAGAAAAGUGCAUACUUUUGUGUGCAUAUUAUGGUAUUUAAUAUUUGCAUCUAA